GGUGGCGCGCGGGGCUCUGGGAAGGUGAAGCGGUUAAGGUCGGUUCCGCCGCCGGUUCGUCCGAUUCUCUUUAGUGUUUGCCGUGUGUCGGUAGCGGGGAAGCGGCUCAUUCUCCUGCUUUGGCAGCGAAUGGAUUAAUUCGUUUCUUCAGAAAUCCAGCUGCACAUAGGCUUUUUGAAGAGAGGAGAUAGAUCCUGCUCCUGCAUAUUUCUGAUCUUAACCAAUACCUCUAAAGUCUUCUGUAAAUCUAAUCUUCCUAAAAGUUAAUGAAUUGGAAGUGCGAAAUGUCUCAGAUUCAGGUUCAUAACUCAUCUUCCAGUCUAUCUCAGCCUCAUAUGGGUAGCACUGUUGGCCAGAGUAUUCCUUCUGGCCUCGGUCCUCUGGCAUCAGAAAGUGCAAGUAGACCACUUCAAAGCUCAGCUUUACCCUCUGUGUCUGCUACUUCCACCACCGCAGCUGCAGUUCCUUCAAACAUGGCAAACCCCAAAGAGAAAACCCCUAUGUGUCUUGUGAAUGAGUUAGCCCGUUUCAACAAGAUUCAACCAGAGUACAAACUUUUAAAUGAACUUGGUCCAGCUCAUGCCAAGGUUUUUACAGUGCAGCUGACUCUUGGUGACCAGCAAUGGGAAGCUGAAGGAAGCAGCAUUAAAAAGGCUCAGCAUGCAGCAGCCGCAAAGGCCUUGGUGGAAACCAGUCUCCCAAAGCCACCACCUCGACCCCCACGUAAUGAUUCAAAAAAUCCUGACAGUGUUACUCCAACAGUAGAGUUGAAUGCCUUGUGUAUGAAAAUGGGAAAGAAACCGACCUACAGACCAAUUGAUCCUUAUCCUGGAUUAAGGCCAAGCUACAGCAUACUGAGAAAUAAUGCUUACCCUCAAAGAUAUUUUUAUCCUUUCCCUCCUGUUGGACCAGUCACUUACCAAGUUGAACUAGUAAUCGGAAACCAACAGUUCCAAGGAAAAGGAAGGUCCAGGCAGGCUGCUAAACAUGAUGCAGCUGCUAAAGCGCUCAAAGCUUUGCAAAAUGAAACCCUGCCAUCCAAAUUACCAACCAUUAAUGGCAAAGAAACAGAUGAUGAUGAUCUCAAUAAAUCUGAAAUAAGCCAAGUUUUUGAGAUUGCAUUGAAAAGAAAUAUGCCUGUCAACUUUGAAGUGAUAAAGGAAAGUGGUCCUCCUCACAUGAAAAGUUUUGUGACUAAAGUAAUGGUUGGAGAAUUUUCAGCAGAAGGAGAAGGGAAAAGUAAGAAAAUAUCUAAGAAAGCUGCUGCAAUAGCUGUUUUGGAGGAAUUGAAGAAACUUCCACAGCUCCCCACUGUAGAAAAAGUGAAACCACGCAUAAAAAAGAAAACUAAAUCAAUAGUAAAGCUACAGACAAGUCCAGAGUAUGGGCAAGGAAUGAAUCCAAUCAGCCGCCUAGCUCAAAUUCAGCAAGCAAAAAAAGAAAAGGAGCCUGAAUAUACAUUAAUGGUAGAACGAGGUCUUCCUCGCCUCAGAGAGUUUGUUAUGCGGGUCAAAGUUGGUGGUCAAGUAGCAGAAGGAAUGGGCCCAAAUAAAAAAGUUGCUAAACGAAAUGCAGCCGAGAAAAUGUUGGAGCUUUUAGGUUUUAAGGUUCCUCAGCCUCAGCCACCUAAACCAGCUUUGAAAACUGAUGAGAAGCCAACUUUGAAAGAACCUGUUAAAGGACGGAAAGUAACCUUCUUUGAACCCAAUUCCCCUGCAGAAGAUACUGCACCAGGUAAAGAUGGGUGUAUGCGUCUGGAAGAUGAAUUUCGAAUGCCUUAUCCCAGCCACCAGCAACUGCCUGCUGGAAUUCUACCCAUGGUUCCCGAAGUAGCACAGGCUGUUGGAGUCAAUCAAGGGCAUCAUACCAAAGAUUACAACAGACCUGCAGCAAAUCCAGCAAUGGCCACAGUUACUGCAAUGAUUGCAAGAGAACUCCUGUAUGGUGGAACAUCUUUAACUGCUGAAACUAUAUUGAAAAAUAACCCUGCAGCCCGCAAGCCACUAAGUACCCUAACCAGACCUUCAGAACAAUUGGACUUUCUAGCUAAUGUUCAAGCAUUGCAGGUCGAAUAUAAAGACUUCCCAAAAAACAACAAAAACGAGUAUGUGUCAUUGAUAAACUGUUCUUCCCAACCACCUCUGAUCAGCCAUGGAAUUGGAAAAGAUGUUGAAUCCUGUCAUGAUAUGGCUGCUCUCAAUAUAUUAAAACUGUUGUCUGAGCUGGACCAACAAAAUGUAGAAAUAUCAAGAACAGGAAAUGGACCAAUUGCUGUAUGCGUGAAACAAGAAAUUGAUGGAGACACUCUCAUCAAACCGGCUAACUCAAACACUUUAGGACAAACACUGGAUGUCACUGACUGAAAGCCUUUUGUUUUUGACCCAAAGCUCCAAGCACCAGUGAAAAUCGGAUGCUUCCUGUCCUGUGACAUUGUAACUUCAGGUUUAGAGAACUACAGUUUGAAUCUUGCUGUAGAAUCUAAAUCAUUAAGUUACUUAACUUUUUAAAGUAUACAUUUCAACAUUAAUUCAAUUUUUUUUGAUGAAGGAAAUUUAUUCCUAAUUUUUCAUUGGAACUUUGAAUUUCUGUUGAUGCUUCUCCAAACGUACAUUACAUGACGAUUGAAAGGUUGCUUAACAAAAUCCAGGUCAUAUCCAACUUAUGUAGUUUAUUAUUUGAUAUGAAUUGGCCAUGAGUAACAAACUUUUUGGUGUAACAAAACUUGGUGCUAGUUUAAAAAAAGUGGAGUGCCUCCAUUUUCUUUGUUAUUCCAAAAAAGAGAAACUGAAACUCCAAAUUAACUGAGUAGAUAAUAAGAACUGUUUCUUGUUAUUUUUGAGAAAUUAUAUCGAGUUAAAUGUUCAGUCUUCUAGAUUAAGAUGUUUUUUCUUAAUCUAGAAGUUUUUUUUACUUUAAUAACUGAAGGCAUUUUUGUUUUUAUAUUAAACUUUAUUCUACAAAAGUGAUUUUCAAUAGUGGAAACGAAUUACAUUGUUGGAUAUGAUCUUUAACCUGGCUUAUACCAGAAAAUGCAGAUUACUGUACAUCUUGGUGCAGGGUAAAUUGUAAGAUGUUGUGUUGUACUUUAAUGCUUUGAUGUUCCAUGUGAUGUACACAAAGUGUGUACAGUAAACAUUUUGCUUAUUGUCCAAGUAAAGCACGAAACUACGUCAAAAUUGUUACUUUACUUUUGGACUUACUUCCCUCCCCAUGUACUGUACCUAUGGAAUGGAGAAGUAAAAAUUGGUGUUUGUGCAAAAGUACUGGUGGCUUUUAUUGGCAUAACACAUUUUACUAAUGUGAAGCUGAGUUAAAGGAGUUACAACGGUAAAAAUUUUAUCUUUGUUUUGCAACCAGGUUUAAACAUUUGACAGAUUUUAUUUUCCCCAUUUUCUCCCAUCAAACAUUUUUGGAAUCCUUUUCUAAUAGUUAUUUCUGUGUUAUAAUACCCUUCAUUGCAAGUGUAGAAGAAAAAAUGUUAGCAUGAAUAGUUGCAGGAAAAUACUGUGAAAUAUUUCAGAUAUAACUUUAAAAAUUCUUUUGUUACAAGAACAUAUUUGACUCCUUUAAAUCAUGCUACACCGGCCUUUCUCCAUUAUUGGUGGUAGAAUAGCUAACCUUAUAUAAGGUUUUUUUUUAACUUGACAGCAUCAUUCUGAAGAAUAACUUUCUUCAAAGUUGCACCUGAAUGACUUUUGAAAUCUGCAACAAAUAUCAGACUUUUAAAAGUGGGUUAGAAGCUCUAAAGAUGACUGAUGGAACUGUGGAGCUUUACUAUAUUAAAAGUUCAUUUAACUAAAACGUAAUUGUUUAAAACCUGUUUUGAUUCAAAUGUUGGUAUAGAGACAAAGUAUUGCUGAGUUUGGCACAAAAUAGAAUUAGCUAAUAAUUACUAAAUACAGUGGAUUCUGGUCAAUUAGUCCAUUGGUUUAUCGGGGCAGCUGCUUAUUUGGGAUAGCGCCUAAAGAACAAAAACUAAUCGAAAAUAGGCAGGAUUUCCUUUUAUUUGGGAUACUCUGCUGUUUAAUUGGGACAAAAGACUGUUGCUGAAGUUUCUCACUCAUAUUAAUCAUGUGCAUUUGUGCAGCUGUUAAACACUACACUGUGCUUUAGAGAAAACGGUUUUUAAAUAUCGGCAGUUGCAUAUGUUCCUGUUCCAGUAAGCAGUAAUUUUUGUCACUGAUGGUUGGUGAGAAAGAAGCAGUAAGACAAUUCAGAAUGUGUGCUGUUUCAAGUAAUUCAGGCUUGGAGAUGCCAGAGAUGACCGGUAGUGAAAGUGAAAUGACUUCACUCCUUAAACAAGUUAGAAACUACAAAGAAUUCGAAGGUAUUGACUGUCAUUUUGAACGUUACAAUGAAAAUGUACAUUGGAAGCUGCAUUGUAUGACAGCAACCUGUGAUCUACGCUAAGUGUGCUGAUUCUGUUCAGUUGCAGUUAAUGACAAGAACUCGGCAGGUACACCAGAUGAAUUUCUCCGUCAAUAACUAUAAGGAACUACAGUUUUAUAGAACUGUGGUAGUAUUCGUAGUGUUCUAAUCUGUAUUUCAUUUAAAUACAUAAUUUGUUACUCAGUUAAA